CGACGUAAUUAAUACCAUGUUAGUGCAUUUCUCCACGCCUUUUCCUGGCCGUCCUUGGACCACAAUAAUCAUGUAUCAACUUCUUUUAAUCUUUCUCCUUGGCAGCUAGCAGUAGACUGUCAAGGUGACAACUGGCUGCCACGUGUUUCUCGAUAUGCAGCCGCCAAACGAGUCACCAACCUCUCCCGCCCGGCUGGCCCUCUACAACUUCACUUCACGAUGGUUCCUCGUCCCUCAGGGGACCGGCAUCACCGCCGUGAUCCUGCACCAGCUGGACUACCAGUUCCACGGCCUCCAGAUCAUCUCCUACAUCUUCUGGGUCAUGACGAUAACCCUCCUCCUCACCAUGGUCCUCGUCUACACCAUCCGCUGCAUAUGCUUCCCCCGGAAGGUCCUCACCGCGCUCAGCCGGGAGAUGGACGAGCUAGCCUGUCUUAACAGCAUCACCAUCUCCUUCACCUCCAUUAUCCAAAUGAUGGCUCUCACGCUGGUGCAGGGUUGGGGCAAGGGUUGGGGCAUCGCCGCCUACGUCCUCUGGUGGAUCAACACCGCCAUGGCGAUUCUGGGGACCGUCAUCGUCCCCUUCGUCUUCAUCAGCCUCUACGCCAAGGGAGUACCGUAUCUGUCUCCGACCACUCGGCUGCCGCUCAUCUCGGCCCUGACCGCCGCGGCCGGCGGCGGGACCAUCUGCCAGUACGCCGAGAUCAGCAGCCAGCUCCAGAUCCCCGUCAUCGUGGUGUCGUACCUGCUCGUCGGCAUGGCCCUUCCUCUCGCCUUCGGCCUGGACGUCCUUGUCUGGGCCCGGCUCGUCAAGCGCCUCGACAGGCAACACGUGUUCCAGGAGAUGAUCCUCUGCGGGCCCUGGGGCCAGGGGAGCUUCGCGUUGCAGGGUUUGGGCGGGGCGGUCAUGCAGGGCAGCUUUGCCGCCUACGCCAGCGGCACCUUUCUCACGGCAAAAGCGGCCGAGCCGGUGGGCUUCGCGAGCAUAUUUCUGGGGGUCUUGGCAUGGGGUAUGGGCACGUUUUGGUGGAUCUUCGCGAUACUUAACAUCCUGUUUGCUGCCAUUAAUCACUGGCGAUGGAGAGGAAUACCGUUUAGCCUUGCGACAUGGUCUGUCGUCUUCCCUUGGGGAGUGUACACGAAUGCGGCAGUGCAGCUUGGGAAGCUACUUGAUUCGGCGGCGUUCAAGGUAUGGUCGACAGCAUUGGCCAUUAUGCUGGUCAUCAUAUGGCUCAUGAACAUGUUUAUGACGAUCAAGGGCGUUAUUUCCGGUUCCUUGCUUGGCAUGGAUAAGGGAUGGAAGGUCAAGGUCUGCGAGAAACCAGAUGAAGAACAGGGGCGGGCUGGCAUGAGCAACGGGAAGGUCAAGCCAUAGUGCAAGUAGGGAAAGCUCAAAGGCUCGUUGGGAGAGUAAUUUUGACAUAGCACUCUCUUGAUAUAUCCCUCAAUAUCGGGGACGCCAUAGUUCCCAAGACCAAUAGACUGCAGCCGCUUAACACAAG